ACGGAACAAGGUUCAAAACUGUAACCGCGGCAGCUCUCGACUCGACUUUAACGUGUUAUUAUCACGCCCUCGCACAAAAACCUUGAUGCCUAGGAAGGUAGAGAGAGAUGAUGCUUUUGGGUUUCUAUAUUACUCCUUCUUACGCUACUGUUGGGCUAGGCUACCAGGUAUAGCUCGUCGGCGCCAAAAACGCCGUAGGACGAUCGCAGGGCUGCCGCCCAGGCGCGCGAGCGUGAGCGCGAGGCCAUCGCCGCCGCCGUCGCCACCGCCACUGCCGCUGCUGCUACCGUUUAGGCCCCCCCGCCUUCCUUUAGCCCGCUCAGCAUCCCCAGCCUCGCGGAAUAGUGCACCCCCGCCGAUAGCUAUGUCUAGAUCCCCGCCGCCGCCGCCGCCAAUAGCUGGGCCUUUAUCCCUUCGGUCUCUUGCCCCGCCCCCACCGGCAUCGCAGCAGCUAUCGGCCCCCUUGAUAGCCCCGCCUCGCCGCCCCCUCCUCCGCCAGUCCUACCGGAAGAUCUCUUAUUUAAUGCGAUCUCGAACCGUCCUGCCUCCUGCUGGUGAAUACCUUAGUUACGAUCGAACCGUAAGGGGACGAAACCGUGGCUAUUCUUUUGUUACGCUAUGCUCCCUGUGCGCCUACCAGGCGCGUGGGUGCGAUCCACGACCAGAAUCGACCUAAUUCACUGCUAAGCCCGUGAAAAGAUCUCCUACCCUAUGCUCAUUUUGCUAGGAGUGAGGUAGCAAAGUUAUGGUUUAAUCACAGCCAAUGAACCUCUACGUAUUGCCGGAGACAACUGACUCUUAUUGACUUUAAAUUCCAAGGAGUUAUAAGUACUGAAUAAUAGCAUCUAAAGACGUAAUGAAUGUAGCCUAGAGACUAAAAAGCAUGUGAGGAUAUUG